AUGAAAAAGCUAGGAGUAAACACAAAAGCAGGUGCCAAUUUAAGCUGCCUAAAAGAAAACGAUAACAUUUUUAAAAAGCCAAUAGAAUUUAACAAAAAUUUAAGAAGGCUAACCUUUUUAAAGAACAAGAAUACUGAAAUUGGUAGCAACGAAAAUUCAAAUAAGUGUGACAAAACAAAAGUGAAAGAAAUAAAUGAUGUUUUUAAAAAUUGUAUGGUAGCAUUAUCACAUAAUAAAAUAUGCACAAGAAAUGCAUUUGACAUAAGAAUUAUAGACCAUUUAGAAGAUUUAGUAAAUUUAAAUGAUGAAGAAAUACAUGAAGAUUUAAAUGAUGAACUAUUGGAAAACGGUGAUUUUAAUUUGUCUUUUACAAGAGCAUCGAAAGCCAUUGAAGGAGCAACAAAAGUUUAUGGUUAUAGGGUAGAAGCAAUAUAUGAUCAAACAUACAAUUUUUUAACGAAUAUGAGUAUUGCAAAACAGAAUGAUGUAAAUGAAGAAUUAAUAGAUGAUAAAAAAACUAUAAAUGAGCUUUCACACAAAAAAAUGAAAAAAAGGAAAUUAGAAUUUUUUCAAGAGUCUUCAACGUUAGCUAAACCAUCUGAUAUAACUAUAGACUCAUUAGCUGUCUCAAAUAUAUCCGUUGACACGUUUUUUUUAAAAUUAAAUAGUACAUAUGAUCAUUCUUCAGGUCAUGGUUACUUACUUCCUAAUUUAACACUAAAUAAUGAUUUGUCAAUACAAUUUGAUGGUGAUAUAGAUACAUUUGAAUAUAAAAAACGAAAAAGAAUAGAAGAGAAAAAUGCAAAAGAAGAACAUACGAACGAAGAUGAAGUAUCCAACAAUACAGAAAGUAACUUAUCUCUCAUUAAGCAAAAGAGAGCUGUAUGGGAUAAUAACAACAAUGAUGAGAAUAAUCUAAUGAUAAAGAAUUACAAGAAAGACUUAUAUUUGAAUUCAAACAUAUUGAGGGAUAUUCUUUUUGGUCCAGGAAGUGAAGACUUUAACUGUUUAAAUAUAUGCCCCGAGUUAGAAUAUUUUAAGGAAGAAAUAAAAAAACAUAAACCAAAAAGAUCAAAUUCGAAGGAAUUAGAAGAAUGGGAUGAUGGAGAUUAUUAUAACGUAAAUGAGGAAAGUACGAGUAUUGAAAAGACUGAUGAUUUUAGAGUUGAAAAUUUAAAAAUGGGUUUAAGUUUGGAUGAACAUAUGACUGUGGAUAAUCUUUAUGAUGGCAGUGAUUAUAAUAAUAAUGGAAAUUUAGGAGAGAGUGGACUUCUGAACAGCAGCUUUAAUAAUAAUAACAAUAAUAAUUCAGUUUUUAAUGAUUACAAAAUCGAAGAUUUGAACAUAGAGAAUGUGAUGCAGGAAUCUUUAGCUUUUGAUAAUAUGAAUUUAAACGAUUCAAUGGGAAAUCAUUUUAAUUUUUCUCAAAGUGUUUUAUCGUUUCAGCAAGGUGGUAAUAAUAUAAUGGGAGAUGUAUCCUUACCUGAACUUAUGAAGAGCGAAAAUAAAGAUUUUAGUCUUACGAAUUCGUUAGGGGGGAAUAUAAAUUUUAACACACAAAAUAUAUCAUUAUUUAAGAAUUCACAAGGAGUAUUAACAACUAAAAAAGAUAUGAUAUCUGUUAUUCCAGAUGAAGAUACAUUAUGGAAUCGUAAUGUUAUGACAUUUGAAAAUAGGUUAAAUGCAAUUGAUGUAAAUAGUAAAUUUAAUUAUCACUAUUAUAUUCCUAGUAAAUUAAUGACUAAUGGGAAUUUUAGAAAUUUAAUGGAUUUUGCAAAAGGUUCUUAUAAAAAUAAACAAACAGUACUCCAUAAUAUUAUUAAUAAGAAAGUGAAAACAUCUUUUGAUAUAUCAUGCAUUGAUUUUGAAAAUCUGUAUGUCGAAAUAAAUGACAUAGAAUUAUCUACAUAUGAUUUAUGGAAAAAGGAAAAAAAAAAGUAUAUCUCAAAUGCCCUUUUUUCUAUUGAUCAGACAUCAUAUAUUUUCGAAACCAAAGAUAAUUGUAUAAAUUGUGUAAAUACAGUAACAGAUAAGAUAAUGAAAUUUUCGAAAUCAACAAUUACGACAUGCAAUGAUUAUAAUACUGAUAUGAAAUUAAAUGUUGUCUUAAAUGAAAUUAAUGACAAUUUUAUAAAUAACGAUGUAGAUGAUCAAAUAAAUUACACAGAAUGUAAAAAUGUAGAUAGUAAUAUAUGUCCAGAAAAUAUGGAAGAUAUACAGGAUUGUCAAUUACAACAGGGUUUAAGUUAUGCUAUAGACAAAUUUUAUAAUAUGGACUUUGAAGACAUAUGGCAAAAUGAAAAUGAAAACGUUUCGAAACAAGAUAGUAAGAAUGAUAACACGUCUAUUCUUCAACUUCACAGAAAUAUUUCUCAUGCUACUAGCUUAGGAAAUGUAAACAUCGAAAAUAUUUCAAAAUUUGUUGACGUUUCUAAAAUAAAGAAAAUUCUUUGCCAUAUUGUCAAGCCAAAAGAAAAGGAUAAGGAAAAUGAAAAUGAUAGGACUUGCAAUUCGGAGCAAACAACGGAUGUAGGAGAAAACGAUAAGAUUGUACCGUACAGUGAGGAAAAGACUACAACAUUUAAAGACAUUAUCAACGAGACAAAGUCAAAAUUAAACGAAUCAGAGGUGAAUGGAACUUCCAUUCACAUGCUUUUUGUAUGUCUGUUGUAUACAUGUAAUGAUCAGGAAUUACUUCUAGAAAAAAUGCCAAAUGACGAGGAUUUUUAUGUUCGAUAUGGUUUGCCUAUAGAAUACCACAUUAACACGGAUAGUACUUUAAUGCUGAAUAAUUGA